CCCUUCCACCUGCAAUCUCUUCGUCGUAUAUACAUAGCACACCUUGCUGCGUGGAGGAGGCUGACGAGGCACGAAACGAUGGCUCUGCUCGCCGGAAACACCUUUACGAUCUCCACGACGCUUCUGGUGCUCGUUAUCUGCAACCUCUUCCUUCUUCUCUCGAAGAUCGAAGCGUCGCCGGGCAAAGCGAAGCAGUUCGAGCCCCUCAGUUUCGUCGGCUCAAGGCUGUCGGCGAUGGCGAUGGCCUACUUGUCGACAGCCACGUACGCGGGGAAGCACCACCACUCCCACUCCCCAGGCGAGCUCCUCUCCAGCAUGCUGUCGACAUGGCGGAGGCCGGCGAUCACUCUGGCGUACGUUGAGCUCUUCGCCACGGCCUCGGCUUCCCUGCUCUUGGCGCUCAGAGCCUUUGCGGGGGCCGCCGGGGAAGCUGCGCCGGAAGCGCUGGUGAUUUCUGGCUCCCUGGCUCUGCUGUCCUGCCUCGGGCCGGUCGUCUUUGCGCACUCGGAGAUCGCUUGUCGGCUGAGCCUGGUGGUUGCAGUGGCGGAGGAGGAUUUCGAAGGGAUGAGUGCACUUGCAAGAGCAGAGGAGCUCGUCAAGGAGAAGAAGCUACACGGGUUUGUUCUGACAGCAGCAUUAGGACUCGCCGAGCAAGCAGUGCUGACGGUGUUUGGGUGCAACGAUGACGGUGCUUGGGGUAUUGGGACUCUGCUAUUUGCUGGUCCAGUUCUCCUCAUGGUCAAGUUUGUCACCUACUUUUUGUACACCAUGUUCUAUUUUGAGUGCAAGAAAGGACAUGCAAAAGAGAAGAGAUCGAUCUAAAGGCUUGGCCUUGUUACUUCAUCUUCUAUCUUCCUCCAAGAAAGACCAAUGAGCUGGUGCAAGUUGCUAGUCUCCAAUCAUAAACUCUGCUAAAAGUCAACUCUGUUGCUUUCACCUAUUUGAUGCUCAGAAAAAUUCAAUUUUGGAAGCAGUGGAACAAGUCAGAUCUUCUCUUCUUCCUCAUCUGCCCUCUUUGACCCAUUCCUAUCCCCCUACAUCAAAGCACAGACCUUAAAAGGCCUCUCCCUUCAACACUUACACAAGGCAAACUGAGAGAUGGUGAUGUGAGCUGCUUUCCUGCGACGAUGGCGAAACCAUGUAAGUUCCCUGGGACCUCCACGAUUCUGUGGGAGGCCCUCAGAAUCCCCUUCCGAAACCCGAACCUCAUCCUUCCCAUCCUCAUCCUAACCCUCGUGUCUUCUUUCUCCUCCCUCCUCCUCUUGGGAGACAGCCUCUCCAUGUUAUUUUUCUCGAGACCCGUCUGCAGCCGAGUCACGGAUCUCUUUAGCCUCCUUGCACAUGUCGAAGGGCUUAGCAUUCCGCAGUGGAUCUUGCUGACCCUUCUCUUCAUCGUCAUCUCUUUGUUAACGACUGCAACCAUCCAUGCGACUGCCAUGGCAUACACCGGGAAGCACCCAGCAACACCAAGCGAUGUCAUCCUGAAGACGAGACAUGCAUGGAAAGGGUCUCUCGUGACCCAAACCUGCAUCACCAUCCUGCAUCUGUGCUUCGUCCUGUCAACAGACCCCGUACUUGUUGGUCUGGCAAUCAUCUCAAAUAAUUCAAAGCUGCUGACUCUGUUGCUCAUCGUCGUAUCCCUCCUGGCAGUUUUUUAUUACCUGUACGUAGCUAUAGUUUUGCUGCUAUGUCUCGUGGUAUCGGCAAUAGAGGACGAGUGCUAUGGAACAGAGGCGAUGGGCAGGGCAUUGGAGCUCUUCAGCAGGAGCAGGAAGCAAGGAGUGGUGAUCGCUGUGCUCGUGGUCGUUGUCAGCAGUGUUGCCACUUUGGUGUCUGAGGUAGUCUAUUCUGCUCAGUCUGAUGGAAGCCAGUUGUUAAUUGGGCUCAUCCAUAUAGGCAAAGAUGUGGUGUUGAAUUUGUUGAUCUUAGCCACAAGUACGGUUCUGUACUAUGAGUGCAAGAAGUGCAUAGGAGAGGAGAAGUUCAUGGAGAUGGAUGGGCAUAUUGUACAUGCUAGUUUGCUUACUGAUGCUUAUGUUGAUGCAGUAGAAUUGCCAUGAAUGUGUUGUCGUGGAAAUUAUGAUCCAGUGUUUGUCGCAUAUUAGGGUUACUUGUUUCUAUUGGUGUUUGUCGCAUACAUCAAGUCAAAUGUAAAUGAUAUUGUUGCCAAAGUUACUGCAUUUGUGUAUUGACAUUAUCCACCAAAACCAAUGUAUUUGGGUAUUAUGAACA